CUUCCUUCUGACUUUUGUCCCUAGAGUCAGUGUGAAGUCAGUGACGGACGAAGUCAGACGCGCGCCACAUCGCUCCAGGUCGCCCAAACACGAGUCCUGGGAAAGCAAACAGGAAAUGAUCUUGAGCGCCCAUUGUUUGUUUACGGGUUGUGCAACGGUUAUCUCGAAGGCUUUUCCGGGUCCUGAAAAAGACAUUCGUGAAACAGAAAACUGUAAAUAUUUGGUUUAUUAAUAUACUACGUUAGUAAGAGGCCAAGCGUCCUUGUGUUUAUGUAAAUUGCCGCGUACAAAAGUGAAAUAUUCCCCGAACCUUUUGGGGGACACGAUAAGGAUCCCAAUACCAAUAGCGCCAGAUAGGAACUUACUGCACCGUUGGAAUCGCCGCAACACGAUGUCGAGGAGAGCCACGGCGGACGCACUCUGAGGAGGGCGACCAUACCCAGCGAAAGAGGGGAGAGAAGACACAGGAUUUGCUUGCGAGUCGCCAGCUUCCGAACUCAUGUGCAGGAACCAGCCCGUGCAACAGUCAGGUGACAAGAUGCGCGGGGGUGAAGAGAGUGCCAAGGUGCCCUCGUCUCCCCCGGGGCGGCCGAGGCUGCAGCAGGUGUCUCGUCUGCGCGUCGUGGUCCUGGGAGCCGAGGGCGUCGGCAAGUCAGCUCUGACGGUGCGAUACCUGACGCGCCGCUACAUCAGCGAGUACCGGCGCUCCAUUGACCUCUUGUACCGUCACACAGUGUGCCUCGAUGACGUCACGUCCGAGGUGGAAAUUCUUGAUGUGUCCUUUCGAGAGAGCGAGCACGAGAGCGUGUCCCCGGCGCAUACCCGUUGGGGCGAAGGUUUCGUGGUCGUGUAUUCGGUGGACGACCUUAUGUCCUUCCACGAGGCGCGAGUGAUCCUGGACGGCCUGCAGCGACUGAAGGCGCCUUUGUACGUGCCCGUCAUCCUGCUGGCUAACAAGCGGGACCUCGACCCCGGCAGACAGGUAUCGGUUGAGGACGGACAGGCGCUGUCUCUGCAACACGGGUGCCAGUUCUACGAGGUGAGUGCCGCCGAGAGCCACGUCGGCGUGACACUGGCAUUCCAGGCACUGCUCAGGGAGACCCGUUCGCUACAGAUUGCCCGCCCGACGCCCCGACAGCGCCGUCUCUCUAUCGUGGCCGUCUCCAGGAUGAUUGGCUCCUUGAUUGGCAGAGGCUCCGACCCACCUUCGCCCACCCUCCGACCCACCGUGGUCGUCCAAGAACCAGCGGGGAAGCGCGCCCUCAGAAGGAAGGACAAAAAACGACCAUCCUUAAGUCUCUGAGAGGUCGAGGAAAUAACGACCUCCUUUGUCUCCUGGAAGUCGAGGAUAUAACGACCUCCUUUGUCUCCUGGAGGUCGAGGAAAUAACGACCUCCUUUGUCUCCUGGAGGUCGAGGAAAUAACGACCUUCUUUGUCUCCUGGAGGUCGAGGAAAUAACGACCUUCUUUGUCUCUGAGAGGUUGAGGAAAUAACGACCUUCUUCAGGUCUCUGGGAGACUUAAAAUCGAGAAAAUAAAGACAUUCCACAAGUCUCAGAGAGGUGAAAAAAAGACCUUCCUUAAUCUAAGUGUCAGAGAGAUCGAGAAAAUAACGAUCUUCCAUAAGUCUCAUGAGAGGUGGAACUAAACUUUCCUUAUUUCCCAGAGAAGUCGAGAAAAUAUGAGUGAAUGUAAAAAUAGUUCCUCCCAUCGAAGCAAUUUAUUGGAAGAGAAAAUCUGGCAAUUGAAAGACGUCGAGAAGAUGGCGGUGGCGGAAGUGACGUUUAUGGAUGAAAUGCAGUGUUUUUUUUUUUUUUUUUUUGUUUGGGGGGGGGAUCUCCUUGAUUAAUUUUAUUUGAGGAGAGUAUCAUCAUCAAAAUAUGCUCCCGUGUGCCGUUUUGCACAGAUACUGAAAGUUUACUUGUUUGUGUGUGUGUGUUUGUAAGUGUGCUUACGCAAAGCAUUUAUACAAAUAUAUACUAUUUACUGUGAUAUUCUUCAUGCAUUCGAUCAAUAUAUUAUAGACUGAAUUUUACGGGCAGGUUAAUGCCAUGUUUUCGCAACAUUUUCAUUAUAUUGUCACACAUUUCAAGAUCUCUCAUGUUUCAUAAUAUUUUUAUAAUAAAACGUAUAAAUCA